UGUCGCCAUCGUCGCUCCAUCCUCUCUUCAUCAGAUAUUUCUCGACAACUUCAAAUUUUCCACCUCCAGCUCAUACAAAUACAGCCUCGUCGAGCCCUCCCUAUAUAUCAUACAGCGCGCCUACGAGGAGGUGCAGCCCUUACAAGAGAUUCUGGGAAGACUGGACAACACAAGCAAAAGCAGGAGCAGGAAGAAGGUGAACGCUUUGGAUAAACGGAUCAAAGUAAAGCUAUGUGCAUUCGAAGAUUGGUUGGAAUCUGUUGUCCUAGAACAGAUUCUUUCACAACUUGAAUUCCCCGUGAGAAAUGCGUUCUCCAUUGAUCUCCAAUGCUUGUAUGAGGACGUUCGUGCUUUGAUCCAGGCCCGCAAGGUUAUGGAGAAAGAAUACAUGUAUACACUAGGCAAUAUGGCUGAAGAGGGAUCUAUUUCCUCAAGAAUUGGUUUUGGUGGAACCAAGUCAAAGAUGACGGGAUUAUCUGAUCAAUUGGAACAAGUGAGGAAUGAUCUUGAAGAUAAUUUUGAUAGAAAGCUUGUCUACGCACUUGUUGGAAUGGCUGGUGUUGGGAAGACCACUCUUGCGGAGGAAAUAUUUGAAGAUCCGCAUAUCUUGAGCAUAUAUGAGCAUCGGGCGUGGGUCACAGUAGGCAGAAAACCUCAAAAGAUCACUGAACUUUCAAGAGGCAUUAUAGCUCAACUCACUAAAGGAGAUGAAGAAAUGGACGUCUACUUUAAAGAGAUAAUAUUCGAUCAGAAGAGAUGUCUCAUUGUGUUGGACGAUGUAUGGGAGACAAAGGUAUUGAGUUCCUUGAUAGAUUCCUUGGCAAGUGUUAAAAAUAUUCAAAUCUUGGUUACUGCUCGGGAGCGAGACAUAAUUGAGAAUAUUACUUCACAAAGAGAUGGUCUUAAUAUCAUGGUGGUGCGGUUUUUGAAUGAAAAAGAAAGUAAGGAUUUAUUAUGCCGCAAGGUUUUUGAAGAUGAGAUCUGCCCAUCUCAACUUGACAAAGCUGCUACCAAAAUUGCCAAGAAAUGUGAAGGUCUUCCACUCAUGGUAGUCACGGUUGCUGACAUCCUAUCAAAAUCCCAUAAUCGAGAUCCGGACUAUUGGGAUGAUGUAGCGGAAGAGAGAAAUUCAGUCUUUGUGGAUGCAUAUAAUGAAAUGACAAAGGUAUUUUUCCCAAGUUACGACUACUUACCUCAAUAUCUCAAAAUGCCCUUUCUAUUUAUGGGAGUUUUCCCUCCAGAUUAUGAUUUCCCACCAUCCAAGCUCGUCAAUAUGUUCACUGCUGAGGGCUGGUUUCUUCACACAAACGAAAGGCGGGCUUUGGAAGUGUCUGUUUGGCAUUGUUUGGAGAAGCUUUGCUUUUACAAGAAUCUUGUUUUGUUCAAUAGAAAGAGCAUUUCUUGGCAUGAGAAAAUUGAAGGUCUCAAGUAUAAAACUUGCCGGCUUCACUCUACGUGGAGGCACGUGUGUAGAGGAGAAGCUUGGAAGAACAAGUUUUAUCACGUCUUAAAUAGACUUGUUGAUGCAUCAAAAAGAUAUGUGAAAGGUCAGCGUUGUUUGUGUCUGCAAAAUAACAUUUUAUUUGGUUUCAAAGAAUUCUGCAAGUCUGUGAGAUUAAAUUGUGCAUCCACCACACGUUCUCUCCUCUUUUUCGGUCCAUACCACCAAUAUCCAACCCCAAUAGAUGUUGGUUUCCGGUUGCUUAGAGAACUAGAUGCUCUUAAACUGCGUUUCUACACGUUUCCAACAGAAAUUCUAACACUAGUCCUACUAAAGUAUCUAGCUCUAUCUUGCAAUGGAGAACUCCCUGCAACCAUAUCCAAACUUUUCAACCUUCGAGUCUUGAUCAUCCAUCCGCAUAUGAACAUUAGACGUUGUGGAGCUCCAUCAUACAUACCAAUACAACUAUGGGAUAUGCAAGAGUUAGAGCAUAUUGAGAUCUUGGGAAAAAACCUUGUAGCUCCACAUCAUGUUGUUUCGUUGGAAAUGCUCUCAACACUUGUAGGUGUGAAUGCUAACACUUGUACAAUCUUGGAUCUCUCCAAUAGGAUUCCGAAUAUAAAGAAACUAGGCAUCCAGAUUGAGCUGACUCCUUAUGAUAAUCAUUAUGACCUUUCGAGCUGCUUUAGUUGCAUUUCAACACUUGAAAGUUUGGACACACUCAAAUGCAGUAUUACAAAUCCAGUGGUUUCCAAUAGCUCCAUUGUUGCUGUGACUCCUAGUUCAUUGAUGUUUCCACGAGGAUUGAAAAAGUUACACUUGAGUGGCAUGGGUUUUCCCUGGGAAUAUGCGGAUGUCAUCGGCUUUUUGCCAUUUCUUCAGGUGCUCAAAUUGCGUUCCUACGCCUUUCAAGGUUCACACUGGGAAACACAAAGGGAAAGUUUUUUGAGCCUCGAAUUUCUUCUAAUUGAAGAUAGUGACUUGGUACACUGGAUACCAAGAUAUGGAAGCUUCCCUAAGCUUAGCUACCUAAGUAUGAAACAUUGCUACAAACUAGUUCAGCUCCAUUGGCCGUCUAUUUCUAUGCUUGGAAAGAUUGAAUUAGUUGACUGCAAUCCUUUAGCUUGGGCUUGUGCCAGCCAAGUAAAACCGUGUCCAUUUACUCACCUUGAUGUUACUGCCUCUUCUUAUUUUGACAAGAAACCGGUGACUCACAAGCUUCAAAGUUUCGGGGGACUGAUGCCGCUGGAAUGGGAAGACUUAAUAUCCAGCCCCGUGUUUAUAGCAGAGCCGAAAUGGUCAGGCUCUGCAUACUUGUUUAUACUUUCAUUAAUUGUAUUACUGGGCUGUGUCCUAAAGUUUUAUUUGAUAAAGGGUUGUCUUCCAAAGUUAGGAAUUCAAACUUGGGGAAGAUUUGCUUUUGAAUGGAUGCAUAGAUAUUUAUAAUGUAAACUAAUCUAACAUUUAAUGUGAUGAGUUGAGUCAUUUUGUAUUUA